UAGAUCAUCGAUUUUAAUCUAAUAAUUCCCUCAAAACAAAAUUCCAAUUUCGAGCGAUUAGGGGUUCAGCCAAAACGGACCGCGUCGAAUGGCAGCUCGCGCGCACCGACUCCUCCUCCUUCCCUCUGCCUUCCACCGAAGCGUGAUCCCCGACCCCUCUCUCCACCUUUUACCCCCGUUGCUGAGCACCGCAAUCUGCAGCGGCGGCCGUCGACGCCGCGUUCGCGCCCAAUUAAUCGUGGGAAGAAUGGCGUCUGGUGGCUCCGGAGCCCCUUCCUCGCCCACGCGCAUCACCCUUCCGGGCGGCGACUCCGUCGAGGUCGUAGCCGCCCCCGGCGUCUCCGAUUCUGACCUCAGAAAUGCCAUCAGUUCUUCCCUUUUUAAGCAGUGGUUGAAGAAUAUGCAGAGUGACACUGGCCUUUUAGCGGGAGGGCAUGUGUCUUUAAGACAAGUGUACAUUCAGGGAGUGGAUAUGUUUGGUAGAGGUGUUGGAUUCUUAAAGUUCAAAGCAGAUGUUUUUGAUAAAGAAACACAAGCAAAGAUUCCAGGAAUUGUGUUUGCAAGGGGACCAGCUGUUGCUGUGUUGAUUCUUUUAGAGUCGAGAGGAAAAACUUAUGUUGUUCUUACAGAACAGCCUAGGGUUCCUGUUGGAAAACUCAUUUUGGAACUCCCAGCUGGCAUGAUAGAUGAUGAAGGCGGUGAUGUUGUUGGCACAGCAGUUCGUGAGGUUGAAGAGGAGAUAGGGAUACACUUGAACAAGGAGGAUAUGGUGAAUCUUACUGCAUUUCUUGAUCCUGUAACUGGAUGCAAAGUUUUUCCAUCACCGGGUGGGUGCGACGAGGAACUGAGCCUGUUUCUUUAUAGAGGCCAUGUAGAGGAGGAGAUCAUAAGUGCCCUGCAGGGAAAGGAGAUGGGCCUCCGUGAUCAUGGUGAGCUGAUUAAGGUACAUGUUGUUCCUUACGAUACACUUUGGCGUGUGACUGCUGAUGCAAAAGCUCUAGCUGCAAUUGCCCUAUAUGAAACGGCGAAGAGGAAUGGCCUUUUGCCUUGAACUGCUCGACUCGAGUAUGCUGUGCAAGUCCAUAUACAAAUUCCCUGAAGCUGCCUUUUGUCAACAUUUCACAUUGGAGAUUUGCUCUCUUUCAUUUAGCCAAUAAAUCUUUGUAUUUGGUGUCACGAAUUGUAUGCAAUUUUUUCUUUGAUAAGCAGAUCUGAAUUUGCUGAUUUAAGCAGUGAAGGUAAUUAGAUGACUUGUCUAUAGGACAUUUUGAGCUACCAGACAGAUUAACCACAUUGUUCAAAUCCAGAUUUGAUGGAGUGACAUAUGUGAGAGAAAGUAAACAUGUUAUUUUCUUUUGGAAAGACUAAUUUUUUUC